GGAAGGCCCGCCCGCCCGCCUCUCCUCUCCCUGGCCGUCUGGGUCUGCCUGGGGGGCCAUGGGGGAGCAAGGCGACGAGGCGCCGCUCUUGGUAUGGGCCGAGGGCCCCGGCGUCUCCCUCCCUGAGGGCUCCUGCUCCUCGGGCCCUCCAUGGGCGGGAAGCGGAGGAGGAGGAGGAGGAGGCCGCCAAGGGGAGGCCCUGGGCCCCGGGCAGCAGCAGCAGCAGCAGCUCCAAGGAGAAGGUCCAGAGCAGGUGGAGGAGGACCAGAUUGUGGCCGUCUUUGUGGUCACUUUCGACCCCAGGACGGGUAACAUGGUUGAAUGGUGUUUGCCACAAGACAUUGAUCUGGAAGGUGUUGAAUUCAAAUCUAUGGCCAGUGGGUCCCACAAAAUUCAGUCAGAUUUCAUUUACUUCCGAAAAGGGCUAUGCUUUGGCUUGGCCUGUUUUGCAAACAUGCCUGUGGAGAGCGAGUUAGAACGUGGUGCCCGCAUGAAGUCUGUGGGUAUUCUUUCUCCUUCAUACACCCUGUUAUACAGAUAUAUGCACUUCCUGGAGAAUCAAGUCAGGCACCAGCUGGAGAUGCCAGGGCAUUACUCUCACUUAGAAGCAUUUUAUGAUGAUAAGAAAGGUGUUCUCCCUGCUGGUACCUCAGCUUCCCAACAACCCAUCCACUGGCUGCCUUCCAUCCAUAGAUACAUGUACCCAGAGAUGAAGAUUACACACCCUGCAGGUUGCAUGUCUCAGUUCAUCAAGUUCUUUGGUGAGCAGAUCCUUACUCUCUGGAAGUUUGCCUUGCUUCGCAAACGCAUUUUGAUAUUUUCACCACCACCUGUUGGUGUGGUCUGCUAUAGAGUUUAUUGCUGCUGUUGCCUUGCUAAUGUCUCCUUGCCUGGAAUUGGUGGGACUGUCCCUGAAUCCAAGCCUUUCUUCUAUGUCAAUGUGGCUGAUAUUGAAAUGCUGGAGACAGAGGUGUCCUAUGUGGCCUGCACGACAGAGAAAAUCUUUCAAGAAAAACAGGAUCUCUACGAUGUCUAUGUGGAUAACCAGAAUGUGAAAACACACCAUGAGCACCUGCAGCCACUCCUCAAGAUUAAUAGUGCAGACAAAGAAAAAUACCGGAGGCUUAAUGAUCAGAGACAGAUGCUGAUGUACUCCCAGGAGGUGGAUGGGGAUUGCAGCUCUUGUGAAGAAGACCUCUUCAUCCUGUUCUUCAUGGAACAGAACAACCGGAUAUUUCAGACACUGAUGGAGGUGUCAGCCAGCCAGGACAAGACACUAACAGCUGAUCAUGCCCGGGGAAUGGGCUUGGACCCCCAAGGAGAUCGUAGCUUCCUCAUGGACCUACUAGAAGUCUAUGGCAUUGAUGUCAUGCUGGUCAUUGAUAACCCUUGCUGUACUUAAAACAGAGGAUGCCGGAAGGGCAAGAAAAGGAGAACACCAAUUUCUCCAUUUGAGGGGAUGGCAGCAACUUCAAAGACUAUGGGAUGCAGGAGGGCAGCUUUACUGGAACUCAUCACAACUUGUAUCAUGAAGGAUUGCCUUUUAUUUAAAAAAAUUCUCUAAAGAAAGUGUUAUUUAUCUAUAUUUAUAUAUUUCUCCUGUGAACUAUCAUUUUCAGAUAUACCAUAACUAAGAUGUGAUUUUUGUCCUCCAGGAUAGACUGCCCAACCAUGCUUUCCUACUUUGAGUUCUGUAGAACUGAUGGUUUUCCUUCCUCUCCUUCCCACCUGCUCAUAAACAACCCAGCACAAGUGGCUUUUGAGAGCCUAGCCCAGAUGUGUUGGCCAAGAAUUUGGGUGGGUGGAGAAAGCACUUUAUUCUCUUGGGGACCAAUAAGAAAAAAAUAAUGCUGCUUUGAGACAAGACUUCAUUACCUGGUUACCUGGUUAUAGGUUAUACUUCUUCAAACUGGCCAGAAGCAACCCCAUUACUAUUUGUGUUCUUUUACAUGACUCUUACCACUUGCCUUGUGCAUAUUAAAAUGCUUGAAUUCCACUCACCUGGUGGAAGCAUGAGUCCCCAGGUGCCGAACUACAACUUUCAGCUUUCAUCACCACUGAACUGCAUAGGACUGCUGGGAGUUGCAGUUCAGCAGGAUUUGGAAGAACACAUAGUCCCAACCUUAUUUAGCAGAUCCCACUUGGAGAGAUGGCUUCUGGCUAGACCUCACUAGGCUACAUUUAUCCUUGCAGUCACCCUCUCAUUGAGGAGUAGGGUCCAAAAUGAAAUUAUUCCUGCUCAAAACCAACACAUUUGACCUCAGCCUUUACUUCCAGUAGUGCUUUGCAGAAUCUCUCAGCAGUUUAUAGUUAUUUCAGUCUUUGGAUUGCUUCUCACUGAGCUAGCUCUGAAGAUAGUUGGAUCUAGCUAUCACUUUGUUAUUUGUUGACCUGUGUUACUUCUUCAGUAACAGGCUGUACAAAGGAGUUUGUAUGUUUGGUUAUACAGAAAGACAUGUAAGCUUCUAACUAGAAAAGCAGUGGUAGGAUUUAGUUGAAAAGGCAAAAGACAACAGUGAGGUAUGAUAGAAAAUCUCCUUUAGCCUGUUCUACAGUGAGGGGGUUAUCUUUGAGGAAGGUAGGUAAGAGUGAUCAUGCUGCACACUUGUACAUACUUUGCUUGCACAAAGCACUGGGCUUGUAUAUUGUGGUUUAUUUGCAAUUUAUGAGAACAAGAUUUUAAAAGCUGUGAAAUAAUUUAUUAAUGAAUAGAGCAUUUUACAGUUAAAAGCGUUCAGUUUAAACUGUCAAAGGCAGUAAUGUGCAUCAAUCGAUGUUCAGUUGCUACAUGUGGCUUGGUUUUUGUAGUAGUUUCACUGCUUGUUUCCAUAAUGAACUAAUUUUGAUCUACUAUUGAUAGGCAAAUACUGCUCAGUUCUGUGUUUGGCUAGGAGCUAAAGGCCUUUCAUGGCUACUUUGUAGUCAGUGCCUCCAUUCAUAGGCUGGGACAGCUUUUCCCAAAUUGGCAUCCUCCAACUUUGAUCAUUUGCAGCCAACAUCAUCCGUCCCAUCUGAGGAAGGCUGGGCUAGAGAUAAGCAAGCACAGAUGUGCCACACUCCCAUAUUUAGGCAUUUUUGCUAUUCUCAUCUAUGAGUUCUGAGACAGUCUGGGAUAGAUUUUUGUGGGUUUUUCGGGCUAUGUGGCCAGUGUUCUGGAAGAGUUUACUGUAUUCUUGAGGUUUCGCCAGCAUC